UGGAGAUGCGGUACACUUUCGGUGAGCUGUUGGACACCUGCCGCCGGGUGGCUGCCGGCCUGCAAAAGUGCGGACUGCGCAAGGGUGACGUGGUUGCAUUCCACUGCGUCAACAGCUGCGAGCUAAUUGUCGCCAUGUGCGGGACAUAUUUUGCUGGUGGCAUCACUUCUUUGAUCAAGACAAGUCUCAACGAAGGAGAAGCUCGUUACCAGUUAAUGGAAUGCCAACCGAAGUUUGUUUUUUUUGACAUUGAAAACAUGAAGAAAAUUAUGAAUGCUUGCGAAGGCAUUGCUUCGGUGAAGAUGUUCUUUCUCACCAGUGGAGCCUGCGAAGGGGCACGUAAUCUAUCGGAACUAAAGCAAACUCCUCUUGGGGACCACGAGACCAACUUGAACAUGAGCGCAGGCACGGUGUUGGCGAUACUGUUCUCCAGUGGCUCUACGGCAUUGCCGAAAGGUGUGGUUCUGACUCACGGGAACCUCAUAAGCCAUGUGGUAGCUAACUGGUACAUGAACGACCCUCCGGUGCUUGAAAAAGGCGACAUUUACCUCGCCAUACCGCCGAUCAUGCAUGUCGGUGGAUUCUGGUCAGCUUUUUGCUACCUGGGACUUGGCUGCGAAGUGGUUCUCGUUCACACAUGGGACUUCGAUGUCAUCUUGCCCGCCAUCGAAAAAUACAGGCCUACAAUGUUGGGGAUGCUUCCUACGUUCAUCCUGAAGUUGGAUCAGCACCCACUGCUGGAGCAGAUGGACAUCAGCAGCGUCAAAAAAGUGAUGAUUGGAGGGAGCCCAAUGAAUUCAUCUCUGCUGCGAAGCGUCACCAAGAAGCUCGGUUUGAAAGGAUUCAUACAAGUGUUUGGAAUGACAGAGCUGGCGGGCGUCACUGCUAUAUCGUCGCCACUAUGGGAUGACUUCAAGAGCCUCGGCAAGCCCGUGCCAUUCAUGGAAUUUAAAGUGGUUGAUAUGCUCACCAGAAAGCCUCUGGGACCUGAGGAGAGAGGAGAAAUUUGCAUCAAGGGCCCCUGUGCUUUCCUGGGUUACCUGAACAAACCAAAAGAAACUGCUGACAUUUUUGAAGAUGGCUUCCUUCGUACCGGUGACAUGGGCUACUACUCGGCCGACGGCCGCAUCUUCGUGUGCAGCCGCUACAAGGAACUGAUCAAGUGCAUGGACCAGCAGGUGCCACCGGCCGAGAUCGAAGAGCUACUGGCCGCCGAUUCUCAAGUGCAGCACGUGGUUGUGGCAGGAGUACCGCAUGCGCAGUACGGAGAAGCCGCCAGGGCAUUCGUUGUUCCGUGGCGCCACCCGGAGGGGCCCGUCGAAGAGCAGCGGGAAGCGGACAGGCUCAAGCAACUUGUCGCUGGGAAGCUGUCCCACCACAAGCACCUUCAUGGGGGUGUAGAGUUCCUGGAGAGCAUCCCUCAUACUGGGAACGGUAAAGACUGGCGACAAGACCUAAAGAAUUCUUACUUGCGUAAAUGUGGCCAAGCAGUGAAGAACGAGCUUGAGUGAAAAAUACCGCUAUCACUCGUAUACUGCGUGUACUGCAUACACGGCGCCGAAGAAGCCUUCGCAGUACAGCAGCGCACCCCCCUCCCCUCCCAACAAUAUGCCCAAGUAAAUACAACGAUCAUCAUUAAAAAGUGUGACAAGAAUAUUAAAAAAAUUAUUGGCCUGUCUUAAGUGUGUUCAAGGUCCCUAAGGAA